GUCGGGAGGCCUACGUUCGUACUCCGUAUAGUUCGUGCCUUGUGCUUCUCUGCCACUCUCUGUGGACUCUAUCUCCUUGCGCCUGAGGCAUUAGCUACUGCGUAAGAUCCAGACAUAGGAUGACGAUUGGGAGCCGCUAAGGCAGUACCGGGACGACACCCCACUCGGCGGCGGCGGCCUCGCCCAAUCGGAGGUAUCCAGACGGUACCCAUCAAUGACUACCGCCCACAUUCUCCAACCACCGCUCGGCCUUUCGACCCCUCCAUCUCUUCAAACCGCUGUUUUCACCUUGCCCGAGCCACCUCCGAACCUCUCUCGGUGGUGGUUGGUUGUCGGAUUUUUAUUGAUUCAGCAAAGAGAAUCGGGACAGAGGGGAGACGAAAGGGAAAAACUUUCAUCAUGCUUGCUCUCCCUUGCAACAGCUGCAUAUGCUCAUCCGGCCCAUUCUCGCGACCCGGCGACCGCGGCCCGCCCUGCAAACAGGAUCAUCUCUGGUGCUGCUCGCCAGAUAGCUUCCGCAGCACAUCAACAUCACGAGACGAGACGCCCGGACCAGUUACCUCGACGUCAUCUAGCCAUUGUGACUGUGGCCGUGUUCGACCGCCUAAUAUAGACGGCCAGCAGUCUGUGCAAGUAAGAAUAAGCACAUUGGAGUUCAAGCACCUAUCUAUCCUAUUUCGAUGACGGCUUCCAAGAUUG